GCACCGAACAGGUGUUCUCUGCGUGGCAUAUUUUGGAAAUUUUCUUAUUGGUAUUUUGCGAAAUUUCAGGCUCAUUUAGAAGAUCCAAAUCCUCGCAGGAGCCUUGCUUUGUCGCUUCAUGGCUUCACUGGUGUAGGCAAAAACUAUGCAACUUCUAUUCUUGCGUCGAAUUUAUUUAAAAAGGGUGAAAGAAGUCGAUUUUAUCACUUUUUUGAUGCGACUGUGGAUUUUCUCUUUAAGGAUUCCGUGGAUCUUUACAAAGAGAAGGUGCUUGACCUAAUUGCGAAUGGGGUCCGGAGUUGUGGUAGAUCUAUGUUUGUCUUCGAUGAGGUUCACAAGAUGCCAGCUGGUAUCCUGGAUGCCAUCGUUCCUCUGCUGGGCUAUGCCGAAUCCAUCAAUGGAGUGGACUACAGAAAGGCUAUCUUUGUUUUUAUGGGAAAUGGCGGCGCCUCCGUAAUCAACGAGUUCGCCUACAAAGUCCUCAACAGUGGUAAGAAACGGACAUCAAUUCAGUAUGGUGAUCUUCGGCGUGCACUUGCUGCCUCGGUCUACAAUGAAAAAGGUGCAUUUGAGUACUCAGAUUUGAUAAAGCAGCACGCGAUAACUGCGGUGAUUCCAUUCCUGCCCCUGCAAGAGGUCCACGUGCGACAGUGCAUCGGCGAUGCGGCCCGUCGAAUGGCCGUGGAGGUGAACGAAGAGAUGGAAGAAUUCGUCUUGAAUGAGCUAGACUGGGAGCCCGAGAGAAGUCGCAUUUUUUCGACGUCCGGCUGCAAGCUCGUCUAUGACAAGGUUGGCUUCUACUUACAACAGUCUCUCUUCGCAAAUGAAAAAGGCGUUAUCGCACAGCCCUCAGAACACGGCGAACUGUAG